UUGAAUUGGAAGUGUGUGAGACUCUGCACGUAGCUCUGUGGACAGAUGAGAAGAAGGCUCUCCUAUAAAGCUCAGCUGCAUACCAGAGGCAUUGUAAACAUAAGCGUCCCACAUCCACGCUAGCAUCAGGAGAGGAACAUCUGGAUCGAUUUAGUGCUUUUUGACAGCUCGAAAAAAAUACAGGAUGGUGCGGUGUUGGUUCCUGUUGACUUUAUUCAUCCACACCCUCUAUGCCCACAGGGACUUCUUCACUUCAAUAGGUCAGAUGACAGACCUACUAUACACCGAAAAGGACCUGGUGACAUCUCUGAAAGAAUACAUCAGGCAAGAGGAGAACAGACUAGAUCAAGUCAAACAGUGGGCAGAUAAGGUGGAUUCGCUUUCAAACACAGCCACGCAGGACCCCGAGGGAUACCUGGGACACCCGGUCAAUGCCUUCAAACUAAUGAAAAGACUUAACAGUGAGUGGGCUGACCUGGAAAGCCUGGUUCUGAAAGACACCACCAAUGGGUUCAUCUCUAAUCUGACCACUCAGAGACAGUUUUUUCCAACAGAUGAGGACCAGACUGGAGCAGCCAAAGCUUUGCUUAGACUGCAGGACACGUACCAGCUGUCUGCCAACACCAUUUCGACCGGAGACCUGCCUGGUGUUGUUCAUAAGAGCCAGAUGACUGUGGAAGACUGCUUUGAGCUGGGCAAGAUCGCAUAUUCUGAAGCAGACUACUAUCACACCGAGCUCUGGAUGGCUCAAGCCCUCACACAGCUGGAUGAGGGCGAGGAAUCCAUCAUAGACAAGGUCACAGUAAUGGACUACCUCAGUUACUCCAUUUACCAACAGGGGGAGCUAAAUCGAGCUCUCGAACUUACCAAGAGGAUGUUGAACUUGGACCCAAAUCACAAUCGAGCCAAUGGGAACCUAAAGUACUUUGAGUCCCAGCUGGAGAAGCAGAGAAAUGCAGUGGAAGAAAAGAAGGAAAAUGAGGUAAACAAAUCAGAGGAGAAAGUGCUGGACAAACGUGAAGCUCAAAGGAAACGAUCCAAAGACCCUCUGCCAGAGAGGAAGAAAUAUGAAAUGCUGUGCAGAGGAGAGGGAGUGAAACUGACGCCCCGCAGACAGAGCCGCCUCUUUUGCCGUUACUUUGACAACAACCGCAAUCCACAACUGCUGUUGGCUCCAGUAAAAAUGGAAGAUGAGUGGGACCGUCCUCACGUUGUUCGUUAUCAUGACAUCAUCUCUGAAAGUGAAAUUGAGACUGUGAAGGAAAUUGCAAAACCCAGACUAAGGCGAGCCACGGUGCAUGAUCCCAUUACGGGAAAACUCACUACUGCACAAUACAGAGUCUCCAAGAGUGCUUGGCUGUCUGCAUAUGAGCAUUCCACGAUUGAGAGGAUUAACCAGCGUAUUGAAGAUGUGACAGGUCUUGAAAUGGACACUGCGGAAGAGCUGCAGGUUGCAAAUUAUGGAGUUGGAGGUCAAUAUGAACCUCACUUUGAUUUUGGAAGGAAAGAUGAACCAGAUGCCUUUAAAGAACUGGGCACAGGAAACAGAAUCGCGACAUGGCUCUUUUAUAUGAGUGAUGUGUCAGCAGGGGGCGCCACUGUCUUCACAGAUGUAGGAGCAGCAGUGUGGCCCAAAAAGGGUACAGCGGUCUUCUGGUAUAACCUUUUUGCCAGUGGUGAAGGAGACUACAGCACAAGACAUGCUGCCUGUCCAGUAUUAGUAGGCAACAAGUGGGUAUCAAACAAAUGGAUACAUGAACGAGGACAAGAAUUCAGACGGCCCUGUGGCCUAACUGAAUCGAAAUGAUCACUUUCUCAUUUGUCAUAUUUCUGUUUAACAUCACACUGUCAGUUUUGUUAAGUAUAAAAUGUCUGUCUUUACAAAGCGUGAAAGGCCAUCAACCAUCUUUGUAUCACCCCUUUGAUAGCAAACAUCCUGGGAAGAAUGCAUUCAAGGGACCAUGAAUAUGCGAAGGUUUUACUUUAGUUAUUUAUUUGGGGUUGUUUUUUAUCCCCUUAUUUUGCUUUUGCACUUUCUCUUGUCUCAAACUCUAGCUUUUUAGGAGGGUUGCUUAAGUUCUGCAUAAAACCACUGAACAUUCCAGAAACCAUAAACGUGAAUCCACUUACAUCCUGAGGGGCAACCUGUUAACAACAACAUCAAAAUUUGAGCAAACCUCUACUACACAGUAGUACCAAAUAAUACUUUUUAGUAAUUUCUGGGGCCAAUUCAAGACAAUGAAAUUUGUCCCAGAUCUUUUUAAUAUACUUUUGUAUGUGUGGAAAUGUUUUUUGAAGCGUGGUUGUUUUCUACAGAAUUAAAAUCUAUGUCAUCAUUUUAAA